GAUGGGGAGGGGGAGGGAGAGGAGGAGGACAGCGGUGGAGGAGGUGGUGGAGGAGUGAGGAGGUGUUGUCACAGCAGUGAUGAUGUGCGACUGAUUGAGGCGGUGCGACAGUUUAGAGAGUUGUACGACAUCUGGCACCUGUACUAUGCCAACAGCUGGCGACGUCAGGACUGUUGGGCGCAGGUCGCCCAGGUCGUCAACUGGACAGCUGAAGAAUGCAGAAAACGGUGGACGCAACUGCGUGACAACUAUCGCAAAACGAAACGGCGAAUGAAGAAGACCAAUCAAACGAGCACUGCAGACGAACAUCUCUCGUUUCUCGACGAAGUCUUCUACCCUAGACCGCAAUACUUGGGAGCCGACUCUGCCAGUGGCAGAGGCGAAAUUGUCUUCAACACGGGGGCAGCCUGUGAAUCGGCGUCGGAGAACGGUGCUAGUGUGACCGCGUGUGAACCAGCCUUCACCGGGAACGGCAGUGGAGGAUGUGAAUUGGGGUUUACGGAAAACGGUGAAUCGGAAAACGGAGGCGGCGCGACCGCGUGUGAAUCGGUGAUCUCGUCGUCUGCGCCCGGGAAAGGCGUGAGGAAAGUGGUGGGGCCGGGAAAGCGGGACGAUAUCGAAACGACGAGGUUUCUGGAGUUGUACGCUCGCGAGAGACUGUUGUACGAUCCGAGCAUAAAGCAGUAUCGUGACCAGGAGGCUAGGACAGCGGCGGCACAGCGAAUCUGUGACGCACUGGGUGGUGCCGUGGCGGGGCUGACGGGGCCGCGUGACGUGGUGAAGCGAUUCAAGCACAUGCGCGACUCCUACUGCCACGAGUUGAAGCGAAAGGCUAAGCUGGAGGCCAAGGCGGUUGCCGACGAUGGCACGCCCGUCUCCUCCUUCUACCGGCCACGGCUCUUCUACUUUGACCAGAUCAACGCCUUUCUCAGACCGUUUGUCAAUGUGAAAUGUUCGCCGACAAAGGAAGUGGCUAACGAUAAAGGAAACACCAACAACAUUGCAGCAGCAGCAACAACAACAACAACAACAACGGACAACACUAACAACAACAACAUGACCAUAAUGACUGAUCAUCACCUGCAUCCGAGCGGAAUCAUGCUCGAACAAAACAUGGUAUACCACCACUCUCCUCCUCCUUCUCCUUCACCUCCUUCUCCUUCUCAUGCUCCUCUCCCUCCUCCACCAUCGAUGCUUCUGCAGUCAAUCGGUGACCAAUUGUACCUGCCGGUAACCGGUAUUGCGCCGGUAACAGCUCCUGCUGCGCCGGUAACCGUUCCCGGCUGCGACGAGAGCAGCAACAGUUACUCGGAGUCGGACUCGCAGAUGGUGAUCGAUGCCGAUCCGUUGGCUGUCGAUCCGCUGGAAAUGGACUACACCAGUGACUCGUGCUCGAUGGGAGGACCGGUGUUCAUCAGUCGGGGACCGGUUGUCGGUAACAGUGACUCAGUUUCGGCGCUGUUCUCCGAGAAGGAGCUGAUGGAGCUGCCUACACGGGAACUGAACAAGCGGUGCAGGGGUUUGCCUGCUCAGAUCGUUCGCCGUUUGAAGAUGAAGCGUCGCACACUGAAGAAUCGAAGCUACGCCAACAACUCGCGCACGAAGCGAUCCAACCGCAGCAUCCAACUGGAGAUGCAGAACAAGGAGUUGAUGGACACGCUCGGGCGUCUCGAGUCGACGCUCUUUCAGGUACGAGCGGAGCGUGACUUCUACAAGAAACAGUGCCAAACGCUCAGAGAGGCCGUUUCAGUGGACAAGCUAACCGAGAUCGGGGACUUUGACCCACCUCAGUCACUGGCGCAGUUACUGUUGCAGCUGCCCCGUCAGUCACCGCCUCCUCUCAGGCCUCUCAACACUGCUACCAACCAACAGUUACAGUUACUCGGAACUACCUUCAAGGAAUCGUCACAGCUACUCGAAACUGCCACUGAGGAACCGCCACAGUUACUCGAAAUUGGCACCAGAGAACCGUCUCAGUUACUUGAAACUGUAACCAAGGAACGGCCGAAUUCACAUGAAACUGUCACCAAGGAACUGUCACAGUUACUCGAAAUUGGCACCAAGGAACGGACAAAGUUACCCGAAACUGCAACCAAGGAACGGUCAAAGUUACUGGAAAUUGGCACCAAGGAACGGCCAAAGUUACCCGAAACUGCCACCAAGGAACCGUCACAGUUACUCGAAAUUGGCACCAAGGAACGGCCAAAGUUAACCGAAACUGCAACCAAAAAACGGUCACAGUUACUCGAAAUUGGCACCAAGGAACGGCCAAAGUUACUGGAAACUGCCAACAAGGAACGGUCACAGUCAGUGUGGCAUCCGCCCCCACUGAGACCGCUCUCACCUAAACAGAUACUAGAAACUGGGAACAAAGAACCGUCACAGUUAUCCGUCAGUGUCCAGUCGCAGUUACUUUCUCAGCCGCCUGCCUUGAGGCCGCUCUCACCCAAACAGUUACUAGAAACUGGAACUAAAGAACCGUCACAGUUAUCCGGCAGUGUCCAGUCGCAGUUACUUUCUCAGCCACCUGCCUUGAGGCCGCUCUCACCCAAACAGUUACUAGAAACUGGGACCAAAGAACCGUCACAGUUAUCCGUCAGUGUCCAGUCGCAGUUACUUUCUCAACCGCCGCCUCUGAGGAUACUGUCCUCCAAACUGUUACCCGAUACGAAACGGUCGCAGUUAUCGAACAGUCACAGUGACCCGCCCCCUUUGAGGCCGCUCGCACCCAAACAGUUACCGAAGGAACCGUCACGAGUGCCGUUGUUGUCGCAGAUUCUGAGCCAAUCGCAGGAUCCGUUACCAGAGAGUAAACGGUUAUUGUUCUUGGUGUUGGGACCGUCGAAUAAUGUCGGAUCGUCGGAAACGGGGACUAAAGAACUGUCACUGGUACCGGUAGACUCGCAGUUAUUGGAUUCGUUACCAAAAACUGUAGCUGAACCACAGUUAAACCAGAUACCGGGGGAAUGUUCACCGGAGCAGGUAGAGGAACGGUUACCGAUUGUAGAACCGUUACUACAAAAGGGACGGUUAUCGGUAAAGAGAGUGGAAGAGAUGAAUUCUAUGGAGCCUCUACCCGAUCUAGUGCAAUCUCAGAAACGGUUAAAAGUGAAAUCAGUGGAACAGUUAUCAGUGAAAGCAGAGGAACAGUUAUCAGUGGAAUCAGAGGAACAGUUACCGUGACAGCGGCGUCAGUCAUCCUUCUCCUCCUCACUACGUCUGUGUGCCUACAUCGCUCGGCUUCCCGGUGAACAUUAAGGAUGACAUUUAAA